UAAUACACGUCAAGGAUCCUGGGCGUUUUUCGGGAUUUUUCUCGUUCUCCUGACGAGAAAAAGGCCCGAGGUCCUGGCGAUAGGCAGGCUCGACGAUUAUCGGCCUUAUCGGUUCCUUUGGACGUCACCGCUCCAUGAAUAUUACACGGAUUCUCAACGAAACUUUCUCUACAGACCUGACGAAAUUUCCAACGCCCAUGGACGGUUGAUCGUGUACCGAAAUCCGAUAAGUUUCCAUCUCAGGACACCGGAAGACGUCGAUAUCCCUUGGCGAAGAGUGGGAGCCUUGAGGGCAUUCUCUCGACCUUCUGAAAAUGGUCCCAAUGGGAUGUACGAAGUAUCGCGUAAAACCUCCUCCUUCUACGGCUUCGGGCAAAGAUCGGGGGAAGCGGACGAGGACACUUGGGGCAUGCACAAUCGAACUGGCAUGUUCGAAAGUGCACCGUCGGGGAAUCGGAUACGAAGACGAACAAGGAAAGUCGAUGAUGACGAGUCGAAGCCUAGUGGCAAAACGUCCAAAGAGGUCAACGAAACGGAUGCAGAACUCAGACAAAAAUGCAUAGACAAAAUAAUGGAGCUUGAAAGUACUCUCAACAUUUGCAAACUCGCCAAAUACUUUAACUAUAUAAUGAAAGAAAUUAAGCGACAUGAUUCACUAAUCGCUAUUAUUUUGAACUAUCAAUACGAGCCCAGCAAAAGAGAUAAAAAAAUGUCUUUCGAUUCGGUCAUGAAUCGAUCAAUACGGGAUGUCACUACGUCCAAUAGUAGAUUGAAAAAAUUCAUAGACAGAAUCAAAAAACGUUUAAAGCCGGGCAGUGGCGGUGGCAGACCGGGCCGUGGCGGUGGCAAAUCACCGAAAAGAAAACCGAUGACUCCAUCGAUAGAUUCAAUUUAGAGCUACUUUUUCUGACCAGCUGAUCGAUUUCACGUUGACCACCGAUCCGUCAUUCCGAAUGACGAUGAC